CUGUUGGCUGAAGUCAGUGAACCUGGACCAGGCUGUUGUCUCACCAUUGCCAACAGGCUCUUUGGAGAAAUUACUUAUCCAUUCUUUCAGGUAAGGGACUGUGGUCUCCCUUGUAACAGCUCCUGGGAGUGAGGAACUCAGCAGAAUGUUUUCCAUCAUGAAGCACAAAGGGACAUAUGCCUUUUUUACCAAUUUCUUUCUUGCUGAUCUACUACAUGGAACUAUCCUGAAGCCAUUAAAUUAUCUAUCUUAUAAAAAUGAUCACAUCGCAAAAAACUUCUGCAAUUUGUACUUUCCAGCAAUACUUGGAUUCCACAAAGAAAUUCUAUCGAGCAGAACUGGAACCAGUAAAUUUUAAAUACACUGAAGAAGAAGUCAGAGACAAAAUUAACUUCUGGGUUGAAAAUGAAACAAAAGGUAAAAUCAAAGACCUAUUUGCUGCUGGUUUUAUUGAUCCCUCUACUGUACUUGUCCUGGUCAAUGCUAUAUAUUUUAAAGGAAAGUGGGCUGUAGAAUUUAAGAAAGAAGACACUAAGGAAGCAUAUUUCCACCUGAACAAGAACGAGAGAAGGAAAGUGCAGAUGAUGUUUCAAGAAGGAUAUUUUAACAUGGCCAUCAUAGAGGAACUGAAAACAAAAGUCCUAGAGCUCCAGUACUUCAAUAAUGAACUGAGCAUGUUCAUUCUUCUUCCUGAAGAUGACUGUGAGGACUUCACUGGCCUAGAACAGCUUGAAUGUGCCCUCACCUAUGAAAAACUGGCAGAAUGGACGAGCUUGUCUACGAUGCAACCACUGAGAGUGAAGGUGUACCUGCCCCAGUUCAAGAUGGAGGAAAGUUAUGUUCUCAACAAUACUCUCCAGGAGAUGGGAGUAAUGAAUGUUUUUGACUGGGGAAAAGCUGAUUUGUCGGGAAUCUCUAUGAAAGGUGGCUUGGUUGUGUCCAAGGCCAUCCAGAAGACAAUUGUGGAAGUCAAUGAAGAAGGCACUGAGGCAGGCUGUUCCACGGGGCUCCUUGUAAUGCCUCUAUGCUGCCCAGAAACUUGUGAGUUCAGAGCUGACCGUCCAUUCCUCUUCUUCAUCAGACACAACCAAACCAACACCAUUCUCUUCUUUGGAAGAUAUUCCUCUCCUUAAGUGGAGGUUAUAUUGAAAAUUAGAUCAUUCUUCCCACUUAUAUCCCAACUGGCAAGCAAUAAGGAUAAAAGACAAAACAAAAGACAUUUUUCUAGACUUUAUCCUAAAGUCUGGUUUGCUGUAAAUAAAAAGACUAUCUGAGAAGACGCAAAUUAAAGAUAAAACCCUAAACCCCAUGAAUCUUAGGCGUAUUUUACUUUUAGGAGGUCUCAUGAAAAUGACAUCUACCUUAAAAUACAUGAUGAGGUAUUUGCGAAGAAAAUUUUACUUUGAGCUUUUCCUAAUGCAGGAGGGAUCCAACAAACCCAUGAGUUUAGUGCCCUGAAGAUAAGUGAUGCCUUCUCUCACAUGAAGUAGACAGGAGGAUAGGAAUCUGCAUUAAAAGCGUAACCUCAGGCACUUGGUCUCUUUUAGCCUUACCUACCUAAGGUCUCAAGGAACUUUAUAGGGGAGCAUCACGAUGUUCCCCGGAGGCGUCCUAUUAAAUACUGACUGGAGGCAGUGUUUCAAAUUGGAGCUCUCAGGGUUUAUUCUCAGAGAGCAGAGAAGACAGAGGAUUUUCUGGUGUAAUUUUGCUUGCUUUCAAGAAGGGCAGACUAAUUUUUUGGUGAAAAACCCUGUAUAUGUGACCAAGUUUUCCAACUUCCUCAUAACCUCCCACGUAACAAAACCAGGCUUUCAGAAGAAUGGAACAAUUUUCUGACAAGGCCUGCUCUGUGAUGCAGAAAUUAGACACUUAAUUCCCACAUUAAACUUUGAGUAGUGAUCAGCCAUUCUUACUUUUAAGAGCUAGAUCUGUUUGGGCCUCAGGUAGCAUGAGUUUCUUGU